AUGUAUAAUGAUACCGAGCAGAGUCGCCGGCUCAAGAAGCGGGAAAUGGAUCGCAAGUGCCAGAAGCGGUCGCGUGAGAGGACAAAGAGUCGCAUUGCGCAGCUCGAGAGCAUGGUUGAAAGUCUACGAAAAAACGACUCCAAGGCGCAGAUAGCCUCAUUGAUGGAUCAGCUGGACCAAGUCACAAAGGAAAGGGAUAAUUUAUUAUGGGUGCUCGAUUCGCUAGGCUCGACUAUUCGCCGCCAUCUUGGUGACUCGACUACGAGCGAACCUGCUUCAGACACGAGAGCCGAAUCAUCCACGCACGCAUCAGCAAGAGGGCCUACGCCCCUGGUAUUGAGGGAAAGAAUAAUCCCAUUCACCACCGCUAACACAAGAGUGUCGUUAGAAACGGCUGGCUCUACAAUACUACAAAUCCCAAUGGACCCUCCCCCAGUCAACGAUCCCUUUGCCUACAACGGCUGGAACUACACCGUUAGUAACGAGCCAUAUCCCAUGGCCAUGGCCUUUGAACAACUCAAUUGCAAUGAGGAAUGGAGGCAGAUCCAUGGAACGACAGGAAGACAAAAUUAG